CCGGUUCUUGUUUAACCCCGAAACAUAAAGCGCAUGCACACUGGCGCGAUGGCUACUCUUACCAAAGCUUUAAAACCCAUCUUUGGAGGGCGAUUGGGAAAUACAGUCAAGGUCUUUGGAGCAGCACUGAACGAUCAAAAAGGAAAAGCUACAUACACAGGACAAAUUAUACCGCCUCCUGCCAAGUAUGGAGGUCGGCACACUGUAACAUUGAUUCCUGGAGAUGGGAUUGGACCAGAGCUGCUCAACCAUGUGCGGGAACUCUUCAGGUUCAGCUGUGUUCCUGUGGACUUUGAGGUGGUGAAUGUAAAUUCAGCAUCAGCCAGUGAGGAUGACAUUCACAAUGCCAUUACAGCCAUUCGACGCAAUGGUGUGGCUCUUAAGGGUAACAUUGAGACCCCUCACAACAUGCCCCCUGACCACAAGUCAAGGAAUAAUCUUUUACGCACAAGUCUGGAUCUGUAUGCCAAUGUGAUGCACUGCCAGUCGCUUCCCGGGGUCCAGACUCGCCACCAAAACAUAGACAUCAUCAUCAUCAGAGAGAACACGGAGGGCGAGUACAGCAGCCUGGAGCAUGAGAGUGUACCUGGAGUUGUGGAGUCCCUAAAAAUCAUUACCCGCAACAAUUCCCUCCGUAUCGCUGACUAUGCCUUCAAAAUGGCCCGUGAGAAAGGUCGCCGCAAGGUCACGGCUGUCCACAAGGCUAACAUCAUGAAGCUGGGUGAUGGUCUGUUCUUGCAGUGCUGUAAGGAAGUGGCCUCUGGAUACCCUGACAUUCAGUUUGAUACUAUGAUUGUUGAUAACACCACCAUGCAGCUCGUUGCCAAGCCUCAGCAGUUUGAUGUCAUGUUGAUGCCUAACCUAUAUGGCAAUGUGGUUAGCAAUGUGUGUGCCGGGCUGGUGGGUGGACCCGGUCUGGUGCCUGGUGCAAACUAUGGGCGAGACUACGCUGUGUUUGAAACGGGCACCAGGAACACAGGAAAGAGCAUAGCCAACAGGAACAUAGCCAAUCCCACCGCCAUGCUGCUUGCCAGCUGUCUCAUGUUAGAUCAUCUCGAACUUCAUGCCUUCGCCAACAUGAUUCGAGGUUCAAUCCUUACCACCAUGAAUGAAACUGGGUUGCACACACCUGAUAUUGGAGGGCAGGGCACAACCCUAGAUGUGGUUCAGUCUAUCAUGAAGAAUAUCCAGAGCAGCGGUCCCCUCACUACUAAGAUUUAAGUCGAGUCUGUGUCACUCCACCGCUGCUUGAUGUUUCUUUCUGUGGCUUUUGAUGCUACUGUGGCUCUGUAGGACUUCGGCAGCGUGACCUGUUUUCCUCAUUCUUCCUACAGAUGGUUCAACUCCUUGUGCACCUGCACUUCAUUUUAUGACUAAAUGCUGCUUUCACACGAGCCAGGAGUUUUACCCCUUAAUCCACGCAGCUUUACCAUGGAUCACGAGUUAAGAGAUCAUCACAUUAACUUUAGCCCAGAGCCUUAGAAAUGCAGCAUACUUCAGCAUUGUGCGUGUGGUCAUUCUUGGUAACGGUGAUCUGUUUAUGGGUACUACAUAGACUUAGGGAUAUUUUAAUGGUUAUGUUGGUUUUAUAUUGGUUUUAUGCUAAAUGCAGUAUUUUAUUAUAAGGGUCUUAUUUUGGGUUUCGCUGCUUGGUUACAUUCCAUGUAUUAUCCGUUCUUACCAAUGUUAUCUUUAAACUCAGUAUAUUCAGUUUGGUUUCAUAUCUCUCAUGUCAUGUUUACUUACUGACUUUGAACAAUAUAGAUUAACUUUAAUUUUGAAUAUAAGUUACUGCUUCACAAAUUAGAUUUUUUUUAAAUUACAUAAUAUUCGGUAUGGCCUCCAGGGGAAUCAUAAUACUAUAUUCUUAUUUAAACCAAAGUAGUUUCGGGAAGUCGCGCCAGUAGGCAAACAUGUUUGCAACUCUUAUGGGCAGUUAUUUCAGCCAUGCAAGACUUUAAAAUCACAAUUAAGUAACAUAUUUCUGACCAACAAUUAAUCCUGACAUCAACUGUACCUUAACUUUUGUUUCCUAAGCUCAAAUUGUGCAACAAACAUAUUUUUGGGAGGUCAUAUCAGCAACUGCGCAUGCACAAAGGUUGGCAAACGCCUCCGAAAGGCUGGACUCCAUUGCCGGAGCGCCCAUAUUGUUGUUGCAUUGUCCUCUGUUCAUAGUAAUAACAGUGCUCAAUCUUGUUAUAUACAUUAUCUUAGUUUAAUCUUAUUGUAUUGUAUUUGGUUGUACUUGGUGUCUUGUGAUAUACAGUGCUAAACUGUAUUAUUUGUAAUUGAGCAUCAUUAUAUACAUUUUUAUUUGCAAAACUGUCAUCUUUUGAGUUAAUCAUAUUUCAUGAACUUGCUCUAUUCAUGUAGGUUUGAUACAGAUUAGUUGAUUACCCUGAUGAGACUGUAAAGUUAGGAUAUCUGGACCAUCUCACGCAAAUCCUUAAUGGCUCGAAAAUAAAUAAAUAAUAUAUAAUAAAUAAUAUGGAUGAUUUCUUAUUGUCAACUUUAAUAAAAUGAAGGUUCUUGCA